ACAUCAGAAACGUCGUUUCUGUAAUUGUAUUCGUGCUAUGAUCCAUAAAAAAUUUUGCGGAAGGUUUUUUGUGUUUGAUUUUUAGCUAAAAGAAAAUUCUACGCGAAUUUGUACAACCGUGUGAACGAAAGAAACACAACCUUUGGAAAAUUGAAACAAUUUUCUGAAAGGAAAUUGCAUUUUCUAUGGAGAACUGUGGAGCUGCGGCAGUGGAAACGGCAGCAGCAAGCAGCACCAAACCAAAUUGAUCCAAGUGAUUUUUCUUAUUCUCCUCCAUCAUCAUCAUCACCAACAUGCACAGUCUCUUUCAAUAAAGUUCGUCGGGUGAAAUUUUAUUUCAUUGAACUGCUUUGAAAAACAACACACAAAGACAAAAGUUAAAUAUACACAACCACAGUCAGACACACACACACAGUCAGACACAUAAGAAACCAACGAAUAAAGACAUUGUGUCGUGAGGAAGAACAAGCACAAAAUAUCGUCGAACAAGAAAAAACGCAAACAAAUAAAAAACCCUUAAUGUUUGGUUGAAUCGAAUUCAACCAAAAUAAAAACAAUAAAUUUUAUAAAAUUCCAUAGAAAUAGAUAAAAGUAAGAUAUAAAAGAGCGAAAAAGUUUACCAAAACUUUGUUUUCGAGAAGAAGAAAAAAGAAAAAAAAGUGAUUGUUUAAAGAAGAAGAAAAAAGUUGAGGUUGAGUUUGUGUGAGUGUUUGUUUCAAAGAAGAAGAAGAGGAAGCAUACGUAUGUGUGUUUGUGUGUUGCAAUCAAUUGGACAAGCAACACCAACAACAUAAACGAACUGAACAAUAAAAAGAAUAACCAAAUCAAAGACUAACCAACCAGCCAACCAAGUAACUAACCAUCGACGACGACGACAACCAGCUCUCCAAGGCACACAAAAGGCAACCACGGAAAGCUUUUUUGGUAAACAUCCUGAGCAGCAGCUCCAUAGUUUCUGUGGCAACAAAAAACACCGAGGAAGAAUAGAAAACGUGCGAAAAUUUUGUGAUUUUCUUUUCGUUUUUUAUUUUUGAUAUCCCCCCCGUUCUGUCGGUCGGCCGCUCGCUCGCUCGCCUCUUUGGUGUAUUAGUUAACGACGCCGUUUUUGUGCCAUUUUUUCUUCUUCUUCCUUACCUGCGCCUGCUCUCACGAAAAUUUCCUCCUGAAAUAUUGAAAUAUCCAUUACCCAAUUUAUAUAUUGUUGUAGUUGCUGUGUUAACUGACGGCCUGCCUAGCUCGCUGGCGGUGUAAAACAAACAAUACCCAAUAAUCCAAAAAAUCGAAGUAAUUGAAACGACAACAUCCAACCAAACAACCAACUACAACAAAGUUUAACCAGCGCCAAACAACCAGAGAGUAACUAUCACAACAUAAAAAGCAGCAGAUUCAAGGUUGCUUGCUUGAAUUUGCUUUAGAUUUUUUGCUCCCGAUUUGACUCUGUCUCCCCCCCCCAAACGUCUGCCUGCCUGCCUGUUUUUUCGCCUGCCACAAAAAAAGCAAAUUUUUUGAUACACCUUGCACGCUUGCUGGAUUCCUGCUGGUGGCAUCCAUAAACUGGCAGCAGCAGUUAUUGCUGGUGGUUGCAUCCACACAAAACUUUUAACGUUCCACUUUGCCGCUUUGGAAUGUUAGAUGCGGUGAACUCUUGUAUUUACGGUCGUAGCAGUAGAAGCAGCAAAAGUUCGAGUAUUACAAGUCGUUUGAAAACAACAACAACAAUAGCAACAUCAGCAGCACAUUCAGAACAAGGACAUUCAACAAUAACAGAUUUAUUCGAUUAUGGCGAAUUUAAAUUUCCAACAACCCCCAAGAAGCAUAGCAAAUGCAUCUCUAACGGGCAGAACUACAGGCGGAUUUGGUGGUAGUUCAUUAUCCGGUCAUGUAACACCUACGUCUGGCAUGUUUCCAAGUGGAGCAAACUAUGGACAAACGCAACCUCAAUUAUCACCGAAUCGUAAUGCACAGCUAUCGGUUGGUGGUCCUGCGUUAAGUAGUGGUAAUCGUGCAAAUGUAUUCAACCAGCGUCCAUAUGUGGAAAGACGAAUGCAAGGCCUGGGAGCUGGACCUAUGUCGAACAUGGGUAAUUUCAUGCAAACAGGCCGAGGAGGUUACGGUAAUAGUGGUAGUGCCGCUGGUGGUCCUCUAAAUAAUUUCCAUAAUGUGUUUGGUGGCAGUGGGGACACGACAACGCCGGCCCUGCUGGAUCCAUCAGAAUUUCCAUCACUGACAAAUGUCCGCGGCCAGAACGAUCAAUCACUGCCUCAGACGAAUCCCCUCCAGCCGCCGGGAAGCAAACCUUAUGGUAAUUUCUUUACCUCUUUUGGCAUGGUGAAACAACCAACGUCAGAACAAUCCGAGUUCACGAUGUCCAAUGAAGAUUUCCCUGCGUUACCGGGCACACACAAUUCCGAUGGUACAACGAAUGCGGGAGGUAUUGGUGGUCUGACAGAUAGUAAUAAUUUGGAUGGCACGGACAAGACAAUGAAUUCGAUUGUGUCCAAUAGUGGGUUGGGCGCCGUGGGUAGCGGUGCGGUAGGCUCGGGCAGUGUCUCGACAGCAGGAUCAGGAGCCGGCGGUAAUAGUGCGGGUGGUUCAGGUGGAGCGGCGGGAGUUGUUGGUGGUAGCUCCGGCGGUGCGCCCGGCGGCAGCUCAUCAGCAGCAGCGAGCAGUGUUGGUGGUGGCGGUGUUAGUGGAAGUGGUGGUGUGAUUGGCAGUGGUAUCGGUGGUAUCGUUAAUAGCUCUGGUGUGAGUAGUGUACAGCCCAGUGGUAGUAGUGGUGGUGGAGGAGGAGGCAGCAAUACAACAGCUGGUCUUAGUGGUAUGGGUAAUAGUGGUAGCAUUGAACAACAGCAACAACAUCAGCAACAGCAGCAGCAACAACAACAGCAGCAACAACAGCAACAGCAGCAACAACAACAGCAGCAGCAACAGCAUCCGAACGAUAAUUCCAGCGAAAAUAAAUUGGUGAAAACCGGCGUGCAAACAUCUCCUGAUGGCAAAGUCACAAAUAUACCAGCGAGUAUGGUGAACAAUCAAUUCGGAAUGGUUGGCCUACUGACGUUUAUGCGUGCCGCAGAAUCCGAUCCAAAUCUGGUGACAUUAGCCUCAGGCAUCGAUUUGACAGGGCUAGGUUUAAAUCUGAAUUCCCAAGAAAGUUUGCAUCCAACAUUCGCUGGACCGUUUGCGGAUCAUCCCUGCAGAGCACAAGAUGUUGAAUAUAAUGUGCCACCCGAAUAUCUGAUUAAUUUUGCGAUAAGAGAUAAACUUUCCUCGCCACUGUUAAAGAAACUCCAAGAAGAUCUGCUGUUUUUCCUCUUCUACACAAAUAUCGGCGAUAUUAUGCAACUUAUGGCUGCCGCAGAAUUACAUAGUCGUGAGUGGCGAUAUCACAUAGAGGAGAAAAUAUGGAUAACUCGAAUUCCUGGCCUCAACCAAUACGAGAAAAAUGGUACAAAAGAACGUGGCACCUUUUACUACUUCGAUGCGCAGAGUUGGAAACGUUUGUCCAAAGUUUUCCAAAUCGAUCCCGAGAAAUUAGAUAAAUGCCCCAAUUUAAGUGCGUUUAUGAACAUAAAUGGACAGUCUGUAUAAUAUUAAUAAAAAACAAAAAAAAUCUUAAAAACACGAAAAAAAUCUUUACAAAGUUAUUUAAAAAAAGAAUUUUUCUUUUUUUUUAAAUUAAGGUUACAUAAAAAACACACACACAAAACAAAGCAUGAACAAAAAAUAAAACAAAUCUUUAAAA